AUGACUAACCAAACCACAAAUAGCCUGGCCGGUCGACAGCGCAGAUACACCGUGUCGCGUUUGCUUGAACUGGCUCCUCAAUCCAGACCUGCUCAUUUUGAUCUGUCGAAAUUCACCUACGACGCCGCUCGAGCCGGGGUGGUCCCUCCCCUAGGUGCCUGCGUCAUGUCCACCCGACGCACUUCGAGUGACCGUCCUCGUGGCUGGUCCCAGGAGUCUAGCAGCUCUCAAGAAGAAAUCAUCCUCUAUCGAGGCAACCGCAUUGUCAACCUACCCGAACGACAACCUACUGUCCCACCUUCUGAACGCAGUGCCCAGGAAAAUGAAGGCUUUGCUCGCUUUCUCAAGAAACACUCUUCUCCUACCCACCAACGUGUCACCGCUGGAGGCCGGAUCGUACCAAUGGAACAGCGGUCACGUCCCCCUCUCUUCUCCUUGCCGCGUGCCGGUCAAGGCACAGAAGCAGAUUCGAAGAAAAACACACGCGAUGAAGUCAAUGGGUUCAACAAGCCGAGUGCUACUGCUCUCAGCGAGGUAAAGGAACCUGUAUCGGACGACAACAUCUCUCAAACCCAGCCACAAUCACAACCUUAUGUGCCUGGAAACGUUGGGGUCGCCGAUGCUUCCGGAACCACCGCGGCCAGCAACUUCAAUAUCCUGCCCACAAGCAAUGUCUUUGCUUUUGACGGUGUUCACCCUCAACCAAAUUAUCUGCAAGCCGUGACAUCACCUCCUUACUAUGCACCAGUUCCAGGUGAUGCGUACCUUCUGCAGAAUCCUCAAUUGUACGCUGGCGGCGCGAUGUCCCUGACUGGCUUCAGCACCCCAUUCGGCCUGGCCUUUCCAAUGUCUUAUGUUCCGAGUCCCCAGAUACUGGGCUUGCCACCCUCGUGUGGUAUCCCAACCACUCCUACCGACCCUCAGCCUCGAGAAGAUGGAUAUAUCCGACAUAUGCUUUCUGAAAGCACUGCAAACUUUGAGGAGUAUGACCGACAACUCAAAGCCAUUGACCGUCACCGUGCUAUGACGGAGCUUGAUCCAUACAUCAGAGAACAGCGCAUGAAAAUCGUGCAGUUGCGGGGGGAAGCACACCGGCUGAUGACUUACUGGUCACAGCAGCUGGGUCCUGAUCACAAAGGCUCGGCGAAAACUUCCACCUAUCAACCGAUCAGCACUCUCAAUGUGAAAGCUGCCACAUACGUUCCGCUGAUUACUCAUCCUUCCCCUGAGAUAUUACCCAGCGGCAUUGGCAGCGCACCAGGCCCUCAAACCAUGCAGUUCGAGGCUGAGAAGCCGAAGUUUGACGUGCGGAGUACUCGUCGUCCCAUUCCUAUUGUUCCACCUCCUGAAGACUCACCAAGUCCAAAGAAGGAUGCUGAAAAUAGAGCCGGAUUAAAUGCUGAGUCGAUUGAGGUCGACGAAUGGGGCCUCCGUGUCGGUCCGCCGCCACCUGAGAUCCAACGCCAACAGAGUCAGAUGUUGGAAAUAUUGGUGCGCGAAUCCAGCAUCUCUCCAAUGGGUUCCAGUGAGAAUGCGCUCAUUGUCACUCCUGGACCAAGCUCCGACUCAAUUAGUCCUCGGGAGCAUGCUGUUGAAAACCAAAAGGUCCAAGGGAUGCCCGAAUUCAGCUCAGAGAGUGAGGAGUGGUUGCCAACCAAACCUGGGCGUGCUCCGCCGACUGUGGAAGCUUGCUAUGAGGUCCAGCUUGACGCCAUGCGACUUCCUCUGGGGGUGAUAAGCAAGGUGCGAAUGCCGGAUGGCACCAUUACUGAAGUUCGGGGUCGUGGCCUGCAGCGUCCACCAUCGUUCGAAAUGGACGAUUUUGAAAAGAGUUACUGGACGAAGAAGCCCACCGUGACGAAGGAAAUGUGGGAUAAUUUCGUCGAGGUGCGAUCCUGUGGCGAUGUUUCCAGCACUAUCGACACGAUCGAAUCCAAGCCUCUUUGCUUUGAAAGCGAUGAAAGCCAGAUGAAAGAGAACGCUAGAGAGCGGUUGCUGCGCCAGAGUCCCCAGUCACCAAUUGAGAAGAGCAACGAUUACAGGCUUGUGGCAAGGUAUUCAAACAACAUUCCGAACUUCCUUCCUGGAUUUGUUCGUAAAGGAGACAGAUCGACGGUUGAGCCAUCGACUGGUUCGGAACCAUGUCUGUCGAUGCUUAAACAAUCCUCGGCGUCCUCACCGUCGAUUUGGUUGCGAGGAGAAGACAGAAAUGGGUGGGCCUCGAAUGAGCAUUCGAGGAACGGCCGAGUGACAGGGUCUGAGGCUCUGAACAACAACAAAGGCUUUUCGUCCGUUUCUAUCCAGAACGUUCAUGCUAUGGGCCGGCUCCCACACUUGUUCGACGGCGCCAGCGAUAACCAGAGACUCUCAGCGAAGUCGAUGCUCUCCGCGGCCAGCAAAACCGCCAUACCAUAUCUUCCGCCGGGCGCAGUCACAUCUUCCCAGGGAUUCUACGAGUCCUAUCCUGGAGAGGCUCGCGGCAUGACCGUGGAGAGCGAAGAUUGA